AUGCCCGAGCGAUCAUCCACAGAGACCUCUAUCGAUUCCAUCCGUCACCAUGAAAAGGAAAGCCUCAUCGAAUCUUACUAUACCAAGCAACCGCCACGAUUUAGAAUAUACUCGAGAGCUCAUAUUGUCACCCUCUAUGUGUCCAACGCCAUUCUAUUACUGAUUAUCGCCGCAUUGGUUGGAAGUCUAUCGCAUCGACCUUUCCAGGAUCCCACCAUCGGAGUAUACUCACCUGCCAACGAGGCCAUCGAGUAUAUCAAGCAACACAAAUUUCGUGCUGCGCUCUUUGAGAAGACCCCAUACAUGGGAUUUCCGACCGACGAAACGGACCGCCUGUGGCAGGAGCUAUAUAACUUCGGAAUCUCCAAGAUUCCAGAACAUGAGGCGAGGAUGCUUCCCCAUCCAACGCUAAAGGUUCCUGGAACCGACGAAUAUCUCGUACAGCUUGAUGUAUGGCACGAGCUGCAUUGCCUCAACGACUUGCGAAUGCUACUAUACCCCGAACGGUUUCCAGGGCUGGCGGGCGUGACGAAUGACAAAGGUGUCAUCGACCGUGAAAGCAUCGAAUUCCGUCAUUGGGAUCACUGUGUUGACUCCAUCAGGGAAACCCUCAUGUGCCACGCAGACGUUGCUCCAAUUCCCUUCCGGGUCAACUUCCCAGCAAGUAAGGUCAUUGUGCCACGAUUGGCAACCACGCAUACCUGUCGAAACUUUACCAAGAUCCAGGAAUGGGCCAAGGAACACAAGGCCAGCUACUGGAAUUACAAUGUCACCGCGGAGCAAGCGGAAGAGAUUAUGCGGGAAUCGGGAUUUGACAAUGCGCCGUGGGAGAGCAUUGAUGACCAGUAUAUGGAAUUUCCGGGCAAUACAUUCUUCACAUACUGGCGGGAGCAUCCCGAGGAAGCAAAGGCCGCUAGGGAAAAGACCGCAGCAAGUGGUCUGUAA